GCCUGACUCGAUGAGCUUAACCUCCUAUCUUUAGCCUUCAUGAUUUCAUGUCAUUUUUCAAAUAUGGCCUAUAUCUGCUGACACUGCUGACAGCUGACAGUGACACUUCCAGCUGAUAAGUGCAACUGUCUUGACGUCUGAUAAAAAUACAAAAGAAAAGGAUUUAUAUAAAUGUAAUUACUUUAAGAAGAUCGAUCUGAUUUUGCGUAAUAAAAUGGACGAAGAUAACGGAGCCCCUGAAGCUCCGGGCAGCAUGGACGUCGAGGGGGCCUUUCUGAGACAGUUCAGCCGCAUGGGGACAACAGACAAAGAUGAACUAGUGAAUCAGCUGCAGAAACUGAUUGGCAGUCAUCUCAACUUUACCACAGCUGUAUUCUUUUUGGACAUGAAUGAUUGGAAUCUACAAGCUGCAGUUUGCUCAUAUUUAGAUGUGGAAUCACCAAAUCAACUACCGUCAAUGGCUCUGAUGUCAGACCCAGUUGCCAAUGAAAUGGAGAGCAUAGAGCCAAAUGUCAAUUUUAAAAAGACCUGGCGCAUAAUGAACAGUGGCAAUGAGCAGUGGCCUGUAGGUUGUUAUGCAAAAUGCUCAGAUGGUGUCAAUUUGUCAGGCAAUGAUGUGGGGGUUCCUUGUCUCAGGCCAGGGGAAGGAAUUAGUUUAACUGUUGAAAUGAAGAGUCCUACAACACCUGGCAUAUAUCAAAGCAAAUGGCGGUUAUGUACAUCAAAUGGGGCUUAUUUUGGAGAUCCAAUGUGGGCCAUAGUGACAGUUGUUGAAGAAGGUACAAUUGAACUGACCAAUCAAAUGUCACAUUUCAACGAGUUAGGUGCUCACCCGCCAUCUAUGUCAAAUCACAAUCCAUUUUUGCCUCAUGGAGUGCAUUUAGAAAAUAACCAGGUAUGUAUUCAGGGUGUUCCAGAAACCCAGGAUAUGUGAUUAGCCUUCUGGAUUCACGUCUUGUACAACAUUAACGUAAAUUAUCAAAUAUAAAAUGAAAAUUUCUGAUUCAUAACUUUUGCACUUUUUUUCAAUUUCAGUAGUAUUUACGUCCAUAUUAUUUCAUAGGUUUUUAUGAAAAAUAGGUAAAUACAUUCUUGGACUAUUGACACUGUUGACCUGAAAAGUCAUCAUUGACCGUAGUCUUCCACUGAGAAGUCCCUCUUUUCUCUCUAGGCAAAUAUUAAUAAUAAAAAAGUACCUACUUAAGUAAUGACUAACGUUUAUUAUAGUAUUCUGUCAAUUUCAUUAUGCCAUUUUAUAUUUUUGAAUAUUUGAAAUGACUAGUAAAUAAGUAAUUAUGAAUAUAGCUCCUGACAAAGCUAUCUUUCUUGAACAACCAAUAAACUGUAUAAUAUUGGAAAACAAUUUUCACUGUUAACAGAAGGGAAACAGCCAAUAUUUACACCUUUUUUUUUCUCUUUAAAAUGGGCCACUCCGGUCAAACUGGCUGUCAUACUCAUCAAUUUCAGUUUAUCAUUUUGCCAACAAGUAUUUCAAAAUGCUGGUAAUAUGUUUUAUGAUAUACAGGGUAUGGUACGAAACUUCAGAUGGUGAUUUGUUAGGUCUUUAAAAAAAUCAAAUUUGAUUGAGUGUUGCUUAACAAAGUCAAGUAAUUUCUAGCUUUGCAUAGAUAUCUAGAAAGUGUAUUUGAGACAAGAAACAAACAGAAUCAUCGACACAGGUUAUUAGUACACUAAUCAUCACUGAGGGCUGCAGUGUUUCCUUCCGGUAGUAUAAAACUUACAGCUCAGGUCAUAACCUAAUAAUGGCCUCCGCCAGUACAAUCACUUAAGAUGUUACAUCACAUCAGAGCCAAAUCAUAUAGCUAGUGUCAUGAUGCUUAGGCUCAUCGACUAUAAGUGAACAUGCAGUGAAUGACAGUUAGUUCCAAGGUGACAUUUUUUCGGAAAACCCUACAUAAUGUCAUAAUUCCAUACCAUUCUUGAAACGACCUAACAAAUCACCCUCUGAAGUUUCGUACCGUAGAUGGGAAACUUUGUAUAAUUAUGUAGUUGGGAAAAACCUAUACAUAGAUAGUCCUUUCACUGGAACAAAGCAGUUACGUCAUAUUUAGUAAAUUUGAAUGGCAACCUUUGUAUUCAAAAUAGAUCCUAUUUACCAUUUUGGAUUGGUAUUUGGGUUAAGCUGAAAAACGCUUUUUAGCGACACUUCGCCUUUUUAUACUUUGUAUAAAUAAAGCCGGGUUAUUAUUAUUAUUAUUAUUAUUUACCGAUCCGUUCAAGCGAGUGUGGUGAUCAGUUUGGUUAUAAGAUCCGUGACAAGUUAGAAUUUUGCCGGCUAUUGGAUAUUUUUAUUGUAUUUCAGCUUCAUUUUUAGGAAAAUUGAUACAGGCUGACUUCAGUUUUAGCAUAAAGUAGAGCACUUUAUUAGUUAUAAUCAUUACUGUUGUUGGGGACACUUUACAUCUAGUUCGCAUGCUUAACAAAGUAUCCUGUGUAGCCAUAUACCACAAGAAUAUUAAAAUAUGGCCAUAUAAACUCACUGGAUGAUGUCCGCCUGUAUACGGUUUUGCUAAUAUCUUUUUUUCAUCGCUUUUUCCUAUCAUUUCCGCUAAAUCAAUACAAUUUUUCUUUGACAUGCGGAAAAGUUUAGAAAAUUGAAAGUUAUCGUAGCUGCAAAGCUAUGGUUCCAUCAUUAAGAAAUUUUUUCUGAAAAAAAAACAUUUCUCCCAUUAAUAUUAUGAACGGUUUCCAUAUACCGUUGAGACGAAAAAGAACCAAUUAUUAAGUGAUAAUAAAAAUUAUCAGAAAUUAUAUACGAUCUUUUCUAAAAUAAACAAAUUACAACAAAACCGCAGUUAAAACCAACGCCUUCAAGCGAUUCGAGUAACUGACGUCAUCAACCCGUGUCACAUCUUGAACCAUAUUAUAACCGCGGUACAUAACACAGAAAUGUUGGUUAUUCGCUUGGAUUUGAUUGUCUCACUUCUGAAAUCAGGUACGAGUAAUGUGCUAUUUUCUUUCAGUCAAACCUUGAUGACAAAGAUACUCCAAUGUGCUAGUAUAAGUUUUAAGGUAAGCAAGUAUAGCAUUAGCAGUGGUUCUAAAAAACAACUAUUUUGGGAAUGUACAUAAUAAGUGAUAUUUUGAUAUAAUCGAAUGCAUGUUGUAUGAUGAGAAUAUGGUUUUUGAAAAUAAGUUAUAAGUAUACAAUAUCAUGAUUUACUUAUCUGCAAUAAUUUAGUCUUAAAUACAAUCACACAUACAAUCUGUGUUUAGUUUUGUAUAUAUAAAAUAAGGUAAUGUAGCGUAUUAUGGUUCAAGUUUGAACCAUUGCAAGGGGCACAGGUCUUAUAGCUUAUAGAAUAAGAAUACAACAUUGGACUUUGAGCAAUAUCCGUAUCUCAAAAUUAAUUUUUCAAAUGCUGGGCCCGUCUACCUUUUUCCAAAACGAAACUGCUGUACAGUCGAUAAUAGUUGCGAAGAAAAGCCCAGACAAAUGUACCUAUCUGUUUUGGUAUCCAUACUUUAUUUUUCAUAAAAACCAUAGCUCAGUCCUUAGAAUUUAAAUUCCGUAUUUUACUCCAAAUUAGAGCAAUUGUGCUUUAUAUCAUUUCUUAAAAGACAAAACAUUACUUGUACUUUAGCUCUUACGUGAAACGAUAUUUUUUCAUUAGAUUUUUUUUCCAAGCCUAGAUCUUUCUAUAUCAAUGUAUGUCCUGUGUUCAACUUGAAAAUGGAUUCUUAAGACAUUUUUUACUCUUUGACUGUUAUAUUUGCGAUCUUUCACAUUGUAUAAAAGAUUUUAGUUAUUGCAUUUUACAAUAAUGGGCUAACAUACGUUGCUUAAGUAACAACAUAGUUUCAAUGUUUGAUUUGGAACUUGAAAUGUGUAUUUUUAUUUUGAAACUGAAUAAAAUUUAAA